AUGACUUCUCAUCUGGCUCGUCCCCCUCUCACCCGCCGCAAUGCGCAGGAUCGAGUUCUUUUGACCGUUGGAGCGCGAACUCAAGCUCUUCAGAAUGAUCUUGAGCGACCUAGUCAAUUUCUUCAGGAGUUUAGAGAGUCUCAAUUGUCACUCGAGACUCUCCAGAAUUCUGAAGUUGGUGAGGAGACUAUCAAAGCGGAAAACAAUGCUCUGGCUGCUGAGCAGAGACGAUACUACAUGCAAUACCAAGCAAAUGGAGCUGCCGAGGCUGCUCGAGCCCCGCAAGGUUCUCAACAAUUCGAUGCUGCUGUUUUGCAUGCUCGAGUUCAGCGGGAACAUGCUGCUGUGGACGCCUUGCCUUCCCACGUGAGACGCACCCAGCUUGAGGCGAUUGCUUGGUCCCUCCACCAUCUUAACCGCAAAAGUAUCAUCCAAUACCUGCGUGUGGUGCAGCCAGUUUCUCAGGCUUCAGUCGCCAGCGGCAGCUCCAUUACAACACUUCCGGAUGCCCCACGCCCGGAUGCCCCACGUCGCGAUACCAGACGUCCGGAUACCCCAAGUCCGGGUACUUUCCUUGCGUGGUCGGGCUACUACAUGGAAUACAUGCGUUUUGAGCAUUACGCUUCCCCUUCCGCUGCUCGUCGCCGCCUCGCCGUCAAUCAUCCCGCAGCAAUCCAAGAAGGAGAGGAAGAAGAUGUAGGCCAACGUUUCGAAAUCAUCGACUUUGGAACUCAAUAG